AUGGAUCAGAUGGAUGCAUCGCUUGCACACCUGGCCAUGAAGCUAGCCAAUUUCGGUGCAGAAGUGCCAGCGCGAUUCCCUGGUCUUCUGCAUAGCGGCUGGGCUACUUUUGUCAGUUUCUGGAAGACAGAGGUUCCGGCUCUCCUGAAGUUGUUGGCAUCUUCUCUGGCGAAGGCAAAGCUGCCCGUGAGCUGGAAGAAUGCGCAAGACUUCACCAUGAGCGACUGGUUAGAUGCAGCGCCUAUCCUGGCGGCACUGGUUGCGGCUUCACUUACACCUCUAGCUCUCCUGAAAGGCAGUGGUCGAAAGCAAGGAAUGGACUGGAGCACCUCCUGGUGGAUCACCAGGGAUCUCCUGAUCAGAGGUAUGGGGCUUUGCUACUUCUGCGGUUUCAUGGUCUCCGCCGUUCAGCAUCGAGCUUUGUGGGGCUCGCUCGGGCUGAUGCCUGUGACAAGGCACCGGCGGCGACCUGCACCUAUUUUCGAUUUGUUUGAUGAGCUGGGCUUCGGUUUUGGCGACUGGCAGUUGGAGUUGGUGAGCUGGCUCGGUGUUGCCUUCUCCGUGCAGCUGAUGCUUGGACAGCUGCAGAGUUUGUUCGUGCCGUUGUUCCUCUGGGCUGCAUACCUCUCCAUUGUCAACUUGCAGGCGGCUUUUACCUUCAACUAUGGCUGGGAAUGGCUCACUUGCGAGGUAGGUUUCCUUGUCAUCUUCCUAUGCCCUGUCCUUGACCGACGUCUAAGCACGUGGACACCACCAUCCAGGUUGGUCCUUUGGACGGUACGGUGGUGUGCCUUCCGCCUGCUUUUGGGUGCAGGAAUGUCCAAGGUGGGCCGCAACUCAAGUGCUUGCUGGCGGGAGCUCAGCUGCACAGAGACGCACUACUUCACGCAGCCCAUCCCGAAUCCUUUGUCUUGGUUCAUGCAUCACUUGCCCAAGAGCUUUCACAAGAUGGAGGUCGGUUUGACAUUUGUGGAGCAGCUUGUGCUGCCCUUCGCGAUGUUGGUGCCUCUUCGAAUCUUCCGACUCACAGCCGCCGUUCUGGAGGUUGGCUUUCAGAUGGGCAUUGUGGGCACUGGGAACUAUGCAUGGAUCAACUUUAUCGGUGCCUUGCCUUGCGUGGCGAUGGUUGAUGAUGGUUUCCUGCUUGGCUUGACGCCGUGGCCUUGGCGGCAGAGGCUGCAGCAAGCUGUGGAGGAGGCAUCGGAGCGCGCGGAUCUGUCUGCAGAUCCGCGUCUGGUUCGGCGCACACUCCGCCGCGGCUAUCUGGGGAUGCGAUCUCUCGCCAACCUGCUUCUGGUCAUGGUCAUGGUUUACAAGUCCAAAGAUCCCAUCAAGGAACUCUUUGGUCCUGCACCCUGGAUCAACAGCUACGACGACUGGUUUCUCAUGAAUUCGCAGGGCGUCUUUGGUUUCAUCAACAAGCACCGAGUUCAAAUUGUCUUAAAGUACACUCAUGAUCCUGCACCCGGCGGUCCUCAGGCCGUUUGGAAGCCCUUGGACUUCAAGUGCCUUCCUGGCACCAUCGAUCAGAGACCUUGCCUCAUGUCCCCUUAUCACUACCGUCUGGAUUGGGAGACGUGGAUUCGUGUUACGGCCUCAUUGGAGCAGCUCUGGACCCAGAAGGCGCCGGCGGAAGCUUACCAUCAGCACCUUCCGGAUUUUAUUCAGGUGCUGGUAAUAAAGGUUUUGAACGGUGACGAAGAUGCUGCAGGGCUUCUGGGCGUUCCGAUCCAGGAUCUAUAUCAGGACGGAGCACCACCAACAGCAGUGUCGAUUGACUUCGCCUCCUACACCUUCACCAGCCGGAGCAAUAGCACGAAGUGGUGGCGUGCCAAGCCCGUUGCAGCCAACUCCUUUCGAGCCUAUGGCAAAGAAUCCGUUCCAAAGCUUCGAGAAGAUGAGGUGCGCAAGUCACCUCGGUGGCGGCAUUGGAUUCUGGGAGUUAGCGUGGUGUCGUCGCUGAUGUUGCUGGAAUUGGGCGUUCUUCAAGGCCUCGCUCGUGGGUGGAAUCUUCUUGGCGGCUCCGCAGCGUUCAUGCUGGUCUUUGCAGUGGUGCUGGCUUCAGACUACCCGCCAGCCUUCACCUCCCUCUGCAUGGUCUCCCAGCUGCUGCAUCCUUUAGUCGCAGACGGACUUGGCGUGGCAUCAAGCCAAAGACUUGCUUAUGCUCUCGCCUUCCGCAUUUCAGCAGGCGCUGCUGGUCUGAACGUUUGUCUCGCCUGGCAUCGACGCCACGCGCGCCUUGCAGCUGUUCUCCUGCUGGCUGUUGCAUGGAUCACCACAAGGAUAGCGGAGCCAACAGCCACGGCAUGA